UAUUGUCAGGAUUUAAAACAAAAUUGCCAACAUGGCUGCCCGAAAUCCCGGCUGCGAAUUCGACCCAAGUUGGUUUGAAACCAUUCAAAUCAAUUUGCCGGCUGUGAGGAAGCGUGCUGCAGAGCUUGGUACUAGAAGGACGGUCAAGAAACAGUGGCAAGCUGCCUGGUUGCUGCGGGCUGUGACAUGUAUUGACCUGACCACACUCUCUGGUGAUGAUACUGCGGCUAAUGUCCAAAGGUUGUGCUACAAAGCAAAGCGACCAGUCCGAGAUGACCUACUUGAGUCUUGUGGAAUGCCUGAUAUAACUGUUGGUGCAAUUUGUGUCUACCCAAGCCGCGUUGCUGAUGCUGUACAAUUCCUCAAAGAUGCAGGUGUCCCUCAUAUCCCAGUGGCUUCUGUUGCCACUGGCUUCCCAAGUGGCCAGUAUCCCUUGAAGGGUCGUCUUGAGGAGAUCAGACAGGCUGUAGCAAGUGGAGCUGCAGAAAUCGACAUCGUCAUAAAUCGAGACUAUGCAUUAAAUGGAAACUGGAAGGGGGUUUAUGACGAGGUGAAACUGAUGCGUGAAGCUUGUGGUGAAGCUCACCUGAAAACUAUCCUGGCUACGGGAGAACUUGGCUCAAUGACCAACGUCUACAAGGCUAGCAUGGUCUGUAUGAUGGCUGGUGCUGAUUUUAUCAAAACAUCCACGGGUAAAGAAGGGGUUAACGCUAUCCUUCCAGUGGGCCUAGUCAUGGUUAGGGCAAUCCGAGAGUAUUAUCAAAGAACUGGCCACAAGAUCGGUUUCAAGCCAGCUGGCGGCAUCAGGACAGCUAAAGACUCGUGUACAUGGUUGGCACUAAUGAAGGAGGAACUCGGGGAUGAGUGGAUGAAGAAUGACUUAUUCAGAAUUGGUGCUAGCUCCUUGUUGGGCGAUAUAGAAAGACAAAUAUUCCAUUACGUGACUGGGAGAUAUGCAUGUGCUGAUGAGUUGGCUAUGGCAUAAACUUGUUACUUGUUUUAGAAUAAAAAUACCUAUUUUUGUCUCUGGUCCUUUUCUAGCCAUCAGAAUAGCCAAGCUUGAAGUUUAGUUUUUCCUCCAGUGGUUAGGGACAGCAUUGUCUCGCAAAGGCAUGUGGCUUGGUCAAAUGAAUGGUAUUUUGAAGUUGAUUGUGCACGGUUGUGCUAAUGGAUAUGGCUGUAAACUGUCAUUACAGAGGCUGUUUACCUUGGAAAGCAGAAACUGUAAUCACUUAAUUGUACAUAAUAAAUUUUACCAUUAUUAUAUUAAAUGGCAGCUAAAUUCCUUUCAACCUCAUUAAGAAUUCAAGUCUGAUGCAGUGUCCGUCUUCAUCCGAAAGGUUGGGUUGCAAUAAAUGGUUGUCCGGUUAAGUUGUAGAUGUUAAAUUCAAAAUCAUACCGAACAAGGGAAAGAGAUACAUGUAUAUGCUUCCAGGUAGAGAGAGGGUGAUCAAAAACUAAUUAUUUAAGUUUCCACUUGAUUUGUUGACACUCUGAGGUGAUCUGGAACAACCUAUUAAAAUGUGUAGUUUGUUCAACUGUUGACCUUCUUGUAUAAACAACCAAAGUUUUGUAAAAGUAUCAUGUAUAGUAAUCAUCAUUGUGUGAAAUGAAACAAAUUAU